GUUCAACGAUGCCAGAUUGUCGUACUCAGCCUCCUAUGUUUGCCGAUUUCCGACCCCAAAACUACCUCCUCGACCCCAAUAACUGCCUUCACCUAUAGUUAUCGUUAAAAUGGUUAAUGGUGUUUUUUGGAAAUAGUUACGGCUCAGAAACUGGUAAAUACGAGGCUCUAAGUAGGAUAGUCUGGCAAAGGUGGCACCACUGAUCCUGUAGAAGGUAAACAACGCACGUCCAGAAGAAGCUGUAAGGGAAAGCAGCCUAACUAGCCCCAUAAAACACACAAGAAGAAGAAGAAAGGGACUGACAACAAACAUCAUAAUUCACCCACCGUUAAACAUUCCAGGCGAAGAAGAAACACCAUAAGGAGGAUUGAACCUAUCGCCAUGGCUGGAAGGCAAGAGAGGGCGGGAAGCUCAGGCACGUCAAACAAGAUGGCAGACUUCAAGGCUCGUCUCGCCAAACUACACACAAAGAGGAACGAAGCCUCAAUACUCAACCACAAGGAGGUAGUGGAGGAAGACCGCCUCAAGCAGAUGCCCAAGAAUCAUGCAAAGAAGCGUCAGAGACUAGAAGCUGAACUUGCCGAGGACCAGCGCAGAGAGGCAGCUGAGGCAGAGGGUAAAGACUAUGACCGCCUCAAGCUGCUAGAGGUUGGAGCUGAUGAAGCCGAGCGCUGGGAGCGACGGAGAAAGAAGAAGAACCCCGACCAGGGCUUCUCCACCUAUGAGGACGCUACCAUCAGACAGUACAAUCGGCUUAUGAACAACAAGAAAGUCAACAUGGAGGAGUAUGAACGGGAGAAGCAAGCAGUCGGGGAAGAUGCUUUCUAUGGAAAUGACAACACCAUCUCCAUUGGUCUGCACAAGGACUCAAACGAUGCCAUUGAUUCCAUGGUGGAUGACCUUGAGAAACAGAUAUCCAAGAGGGAGAAGUAUUCCCGCCGUCGCAUCUACGACGACGAUGCAGACAUCAACUUCAUCAACGAGCGUAACAUGAAGUUCAACAAGAAGCUGGAGCGCUUCUAUGGCGACUACACGGAGGAAAUCAAGCAGAACCUGGAGCGUGGAACUGCUGUUUGAGUGUGGCAAGUGGUCAGUGACAUUGGACUGUUGUCUGGUGGUCAUGUGUCCCCAGCAAUGCAUGCACCUUGGAGUGGUUUGGGUCAGAUCUUGCCCAUUAUUACAUCUUUAGGGUAAAUCAUUGGAAGAUAGUUUUACUGUCAUACCUGCACAGAACUUUAACCCAUUUUUUCAUUUUCAUCAAAGUAUGUACAAAAAGUAUUUGAUAUUCACAGUAGAGAGUAUCGGAACACCUUUUGUGUGCGGCAAUGUGACAAAAACGGAAGGAUUUCAAAAAUUGUGUGGUGCCACGCAUUAUGCUAUAUCCCACAAAGAAUAAACUGGACACUCCUUUACCUUCAAUCUGCCAUUUCUGUCUUCCCCUUCACCAGCCAGAACCUCUAGUGCAGUGCUUUCUUCCCAGAGACCCAAACCAUUAGGUCUUCUGAUAUAUAAAAAUUUGGUACAAAUAUGUAAACGAAUAUAAAAUAAAUAAACCGAAAUGGUAACAUCUGGCUAAUCAAACAUACUGGCAGUUUUUCACUGGCUGUUUUGAUAAUAAGCUUUGCCAUCCUGGGAGAGGAAUGACUAGGUGAGGACAAAGGCAUGGGUGACUAGGACAGCAAGGCCACACAGUACCUGCAGGGCUUUUUCUGUUAGAACCUGCAAGUCAGGCUCGUCAUUUCUUGAUAGGCAAAGUCUAACCAUUAACACUGCUGUUGUAUAACCUGAAAACUAACUGUCUACCUUAUCAAGGGAACUGGUUUUGAAGUCCAAAGGAGGACCAUUCCAUUUUGUCUUAUCUGGAGCAAUGUAUAACCCAGAAACAAAGCUCCAGGACCAGAUGAGUGUGUUUGCAGGGCCUGAGAUAGUUUGAAGUUCAGCUGCUUAGCAUGAGGAAAGACGAAGUACAAAAUUAUUUGUAUGGGGGUUUAAGGUCAUCUCAGGGAAAAACAUUGAUUGAGAAUUCAGACGUUUGUAACUUGCUUGGACAGUGAUGAAAAUUAUGUUUUCUGUUUUACUUCAGAUCCUGUUUGUGGGAAGCCUUUCAUGUACUUAGAAUAAUUAUUUUUUUCUUUUAUGGCUAAACCUGAUGAGGGGCAAAGUUCUUCCAUAGACACAGGCCAUGCUAUACCUUCAAAUUACAAGCAAGUCAUGGCAUCCUAUUCUUAAAAUGCAAAGCAACAAAUCGUUCAUGUCCCAGGCGACAAUACCUGUGGCUGUGUUCCUACCUGAGCCUCCCUCUCAUCAGAUGCCCUCAAGUAAUGCUUUGGAUAAAAAAAAUUCACUCCACAUGCCACACAAUUAUUUUCAUGUAUCAAUUACUUUAUCAAUCUAUGUAUGUCUAUCUCCGACACUAUGCUCCUUCAUGGGAACCUCCCUCAAGGGGGUGGCUGCAGCAGAAGUGUCCCCAGUUUUUCCUGUUCUGUCCUGUUUCUGUAUUUUGAGAGUAUGUGUAAAUAAUAAACUUUAGUACUGAC